UGGAACAGAGACGAGGUGUUACACUAACCAUGCCCUGUCUUAUGAUCAGUCAAAGCGGGUGCCUAGAUGGGUUCUUGAACAUAUAUCCAAGAGCAAGAUAACAGCACACUUAGAAAAUGAUGACGUUUGUAUGGCUAUCUAGGUAAAUGGACCCUGCCUGGCAACCAGGGAUGCACCUGGGCCUCCAGACUGUCUCAGGGGUUGAGAGGACCUGUAUCUUCACACAGGAAUUGGAGGCUUUGCCACAACUAUUGCUGCAAUGAGCACCACUCAUUCAUUACCUCCACAAUUGCUUUUUAAGUGCCUCCCAUGUGCCUGGCACUGUGCUGAGCCUUGGGGUUAUGUCAGUGACCACAGUGGAUGGUCUCUGCCCCCAAGGCACUUUGAGUUGGGGAGGUUGACCUAUCAAAUAAUCAUAAAUGUAUAAUUACAAUUGGCAAUAACUGUUCUGAAGAAAAAAUGAUUGCAAGUUGGGAUGGUAUAAUUAAGGAGCAGUAAAGAAUACGACGAGAGAGUGUAACAGGAGAACCUGGUACUGGUGAGCAAGGCCUCUUUGAGAAAGUGGCCUGAAGAGUGGAUGGCAGACACUCAGGCAGAGGAGUUGGGUGGGCAGCAGGAUAUGGAGAAGAGCAUUCCAGGGAGGGAAAGAGAAGCACAGUUGCAUCUUUUAAAGGCCCUCAUGUGCAGCAUUUUGUUCCGUUAGGGAACUAGAAGAAGGCCAGCAUGGCUGGAGCGAGAGAGAAUGUGAUGUGAAAUGAGACUGGAGAGGCAGGCAGGUGUGUGAGCCUGUUCACGUGUUCUCCUUUCUUGGUGGGUUCCUGUAAUUAAGAUGACCAGGUCUUGCUAUUCGGUGUCAGAUUGGUCUGGGUAGCUUAUUCCAAUUUACACUCCCACCAUCACUAUUUGUCCUCUCCCAGCCCUCACACAUAAUGAGCAUUAUUGAGCUUUACCAAUUUAUUAGUUGAUUUUAUUUGCAUGCAUUGAUUACCAGUGGGGGUUAAUAUUUUGUGGAUUAUUCUUUCUUUGUGAAUUUUUCUUUAUGAUUUUCAAUAAGGAUGUUCCUUUUUUUUUUCUUUUAAAUAUUUAUUUAUUUGGCUGCACCGAGUCUUGGUUGUGGCAUGCAGGAUCUUUAGUUGCGGCACGUAUGUGGGAUCUAGUUCCCCAACCAGGGAUCAAACCUGGGCCCCCUGCAUUGGGAGCGUGGAGUCUUAACAGCUUGACCACCAGGGAAGUCCCAGGGAUAUUCUUUUUUGAAUUUGGUGAUGCAGACAGAAAACAUUGUAAAUUCAAGCCAGAUCCCAGCAUCCCUCCAACCUUCAGCGCCUUCAAUGAGGACUAUGUUGGCAGUGGUUGGUCACGAGGUCACAUGGCUCCGGCAGGAGAUAACAAAUUCUCAUCUAAAGCCAUGGCUGAAACCUUUUACCUUUCUAAUAUCGUCCCUCAGAAUUUUGAUAAUAAUGCUGGUUAUUGGAACAGAAUAGAAAUGUACUGUCGAGAACUGACAGAGAGGUUUGAGGACGUUUGGAUAGUGUCUGGACCGCUGACCUUACCUCAGACUGGAAGUGAUGGAAAGAAAACAGUUAGUUACCAGGUGAUCGGCCAGGACAAUGUGGCAGUGCCCUCCCACCUCUACAAGGUGAUCCUGGCGCGCAGAAGCCCGGGGUCUGCUGAGCCCCUGGCACUAGGGGCCUUCGUGGUGCCCAAUGAGGCCAUUGGCUUCCAGCCCCAAUUAAGUGAGUUCCAGGUGAGCCUGCAGGACCUGGAGAAGUUGUCGGGACUGGUGUUUUUUCCUCAUCUGGAUAGAACUAGUGACAUCAGGAACAUCUGUUCGGUGGACACCUGUAAGCUCCUGGAUUUCCGGGAAUUCACUCUUUACCUGAGCACGAGAAAGAUUGAGGGGGCCCGAUCGGUACACAGACUGGAAAAGGUCAUGGAAAAUUUGCGGAACGCAGGCAUCGAACCCGAUGAGUACUUCAUGACUCGCUACAAGAAGAAACUGGAAGAACUCAAAGCUCAGGAGCAGUCAGGAGUGCUGGAGAAAAAGCCCUCAUAGUUCUCAUCUCUGAAGCGUGACGUCAUCUGUAAUGAAGCAGGUGUGGUCUCUUCGGAUACCGUAUUUUAUUGGAUUUGUUUUAAAAUGAUGGAAUCUUAAAUUUCAGACUAAAUUUCUCCCCAAAAGAUGAAAGAUGUCAAAUUUUUUGGUUGGUAUUUUAUUUGAUGUGGGAAAUGAUCAUAUAAGGCAACCGUUAAUGCCUGCAGAUCACGGACUGGUCUUGUGUCAAGUUAACAGGACGGCUUUGUCUGCAGGGUGACGCUGUGUGUGUCCCUCUGGAUGUGUCCUAUGUGAAGGCACUGUAUUUUCUGCCUCCAAACCAUACAGUGUCUUUGAUGUAUCUGCUCAGCCUUCUCAGACCCUGUGUUGUAUGUGUUCUUUCCCUAGGACUUGAGCUGGUCUUAGAGAUGGCUUUGAUUUUAUUUUUUUUAAGCUCUUUAUUGGAAUAUAAUUGCUUUACACUCUUAUACCAGCUUAUGAGGUACACCAAAGUCAAUCAGCUGUAUUUAUACACAUAUCCCCAUAUCCCCUCCCUCCCACGACCCCCCCACCCUCCCCAUUCUGGCCCUCCAAAGGCAUCACCCAUCAUCGAGUUGAUCUCCCUUUGUUAUACAGCAACUUCCCACUAGCUAUCUAUUUUACACUUGGUAGUGUGUAUAUGUCUAUGCUACUCUCUCACUUCGUCCCAGCUUCCCCAUCGCCCCCUACCCUGUGUCCUCCAGUCCAUUCUCUGCAUGUGCAUCCUUAUUCUUGCCCUGUCACUGGGUUCAUCAGUACCAUUUUUUUUUUUUUUUUUUUUUUUUUUAGAUUCCGUAUGUAUGAGUUAGCAUACAAUAUUUGUUUUUCUCUUUUUGGCUUACUUCACUCUGUGUGACAGUCUCUAGGUCUAUCCACCUCAUUACAUAUAGUUCAAUUUCAUUCCUUUUUAUGGCUGAGUAAUAUUCCAUUGUAUGUAUAUGCCACAUCUUCUUUAUCCAUUCAUCUGUUGAUGGGCAUUUAGGUUGCUUCCAUGUCCUGGCUAUUGUAAAUAGUGCUGCAAUGAACAUUAUGGUACAUGUUUCUUUUUGGAUUAUGGUUUUCUCUGGGUAUAUGCCCAGUAGUGGGAUUACUGGAUCAUAUGGUAGUUCCAUUUUUAGUUUUUUAAGGAGCCUCCAAACUGUUUUCCAUAGUGGCUGUACCAAUUUACAUUCCCACCAACAGUGCAGGAGGGUUCCCUUUUCUCCAAACCCUCUCCAACAUUUAUUGUUUCUAGAUUUUUUGAUGAUGGCGAUUCUGACUGGUGUGAGGUGAUACCUCAUUGUGGCUUUGACUUGCAUUUCUCUAAUGAUUAGUGAUGCUGAGCAUAGAGAUGGCUUUCAGAUUUCCUCUACGCAUUAUCCUGAUCACGUGUAUCAUGUAUUUGUUUCUUGUUCCUCCUCUCACGGACCUGCUGUUGCUCCUCUUCUGUUAACUACAUUUUCUGCUCACUUAGUGUGUUCUGUAUACUGAGCUCAGCGCUUUACGUGUAUUAUCUACAUCUACCCUCUGAGGGAAAUAUUUAUAUCCUCAUUUUGCCCAUGGGGAAAUUGAGGCUUAGAGAGCUGAAGUAUUUUGCCCAAGGUUCAUCUUCCCAAAGAUAAUCCACAGGAAUGCGGCACACAACGUGGGGUACCUUAAAAUCUUCCCUGACACAGAGGCUCAGAGACAUACUUCCCUGGGUGUCUGUGAUCCUGGGGCCUGCUUGGUAAGAGGGUCUGGUUUCUUGUUUGCAGUCGAGCCAAAGGGACUCUAAUGUCCUCUGACUUCAACCCUCCUUAGUUCUUUGGGAAGAAGCAGUCGCAGGUAUUUGAAGGUUAAAGGUCAGUGCUUUAUGGGGUUUAUCAGAGUCCCUAUUUGCCUUCAGAACUGCAGUUCUUCUGGUGCCUGGCUGGUGCCAGAUUGAUGUGUUCCUUGCUCUCCAGAUGGGCGUUUUGUUCCAGAGGUUGAGGAGCCUAAGGAGGGUCUGUGCCCGCAGAUUCACCAGCUCGUGGCCCACUCACCUUCGUGCCAGCCUGUCUACCUGGAUGGCAUAGGGCGGGCGGUUGGGCCGAAGAUCCAAAAACAGUCACCUCUGGGGGAAACUGGCUGCUUGUCUGAGCCCGAUCUCCAGGUUUGGGUUUACGUGGAAUCCUUUCAUGGGCUCUCAUAAGUGCAGGCAGUAAAAAUAUCUUAAAAUAGGGCGCAGGGACGUGUCUGACUGUGUCCUGUCACUGCCGUCUUUCCAAGUGGUGUUACCGGAACAGUUUUCAUGGUGUUUUGUGAUGAUGAUGGACCUUAUUCUGCUUUAUUUGGUGAAAAAGAAAGAAGUUGGGGAUCAGAACACCACAGCUCGAUUAAUACCGGCCUUUUUUAUCGCUCUGUUCCGUGUUAGCUUGUACCCGUCUUUUUCUUCUCGGGCAGAAAGAGCCAACAUGUCCCUGCGGCCAAAACAUCUGUGACUGUCUCUCCUUGUCGGAGAGGUGCUGGGGGGCUCUGGGUGUUUUCCCAGGAGCGCGAGGGUGGCUUUGUGGGAGAGGUCCCCGCCCACCUCCGGAGGGGAGCCCGUCCGCUGUCCCCGGGCCUGUCACCGCGCUCUCCUCUGACCUGAAUUUCUAGCACCCUUGGGGUUCUUCCCAUGCUGUUUUCACUCCUGUGUCUCCACCGUGAUGGUAGAGAAUCUUGAUUUUUAGAUCCGUAAAUUAAAGUGUCUUAGCCUGUUUUUAGUUCCUAUGAAAAAUGCUACUUGGUCAUUGUCAAAAAUAGAGAUAACUACUUAUAAUAAAAAAAAAAUGCAG